CUGCCCUACGAGUACAAGAUCGUGAUUGCGGGCAACCACGAGCUGACCUUCGACCAGGAGUUCAUGGCUGACCUCAUCAAGCAGGACUUUUACUACUUCCCAUCUGUGUCCAAGUUGAAGCCGGAGAACUAUGAGAACGUGCAGUCACUGCUGACCAACUGCAUCUACCUGCAGGACUCGGAGGUCACGGUGCGUGGCUUCAGGAUCUACGGCUCCCCGUGGCAGCCCUGGUUCUAUGGCUGGGGAUUCAACCUCCCGCGAGGCCAAGCACUGCUGGAGAAGUGGAAUCUCAUACCGGAAGGCGUUGAUAUCCUUAUAACUCACGGACCGCCCCUGGGCUUUCUAGACUGGGUGCCCAAGAAGAUGCAGCGUGUGGGCUGCGUGGAGCUGCUCAACACGGUCCAGAGGCGAGUCCAGCCGCGGCUGCACGUCUUUGGCCACAUCCAUGAGGGGUACGGCGUCAUGGCAGAUGGGACCACCACCUAUGUGAACGCGUCCGUGUGCACUGUGAACUAUCAGCCGGUGAACCCUCCCAUAGUCAUUGAUCUCCCCACACCCCGGAACUCCUGACUGCUCCCCACUCCAGCUCUGCCUGCCCACGUCAGCUCCGUAUGUCUGGCUAAGAGCCUGGAUCCCUUAACCCACUUCCUCCCAUGCAGAACAGCCCAGACAGUCCAUCUGGCCAUGGGACCAGCCAGCAAUGAGUAGAAUCCUUGGGAUAAAAGAAAUUGCCUUUGACUGUCAGCCUUCUGCCACCUGUAACUGGGGCCUUGAGCAGCCCCCUCAGGGGCACCAUGUUCACUUCUGUUUUCUGUGUGUACAUCUGUCCUUCAUUCCAGGGCCUAACAGGCCCGCAUCCACGUCGCUCUCUCACUUGGGAAAUGACAGAAGCUCAGUUCGACGCCCUCCUGCUCCGAGAAGCCACCACUCUUGGAUGGGAUUUGGGAAUUUUCAUACAAAAUGUCUUGCCACCCAAGUGUGUCUGGUGGCUUGUGAGCCCCCAAGGUUGGGGGUGAAGUGUGGCCUGGGCACAGACAGCCCUUCUCUGGCUGUAAGCCUGCCUCUUGUGUGCAGGGGUCUAGGAGUGUACAGGGACAUCUCAGGAAUUCUGACAGGCCCUGGCCAGGCCUUCAGCAGUUGGCUUGGUUUAGUCCCUUUUCCUUCCUUAGGACCCAGCUGAUGAUGUGGACAAUGGCUGUGUGUCCCCAGCUUCUGCUCAGAGCCUGGAUUUGGGAGGCUGGUUCUUCCGGGUGGCCAGACCUUGCUGGUUUCUCAUCACACUGAGGCCAUCUUGGAUCCCCUGAGACCACAUUCCUCUGUAGAGCACAACAGCCAGGGGGUUCUGUGGGUUGAGGCCCUGUGCCCAGCCAUAUCCAUGCCCCAAUGUGUGUGGCACGCACACUCCUCCAAACCUAGCCUGUUAGUGUCCAUGAUGGGCUCCACUCCUUGAUGUGAUUUUUCCCCUUCAGAGGAUUCCAGGAUGCUUGUCAGUACCAUUGGUUACCGGGAGGUGGCGCAGUGACAGAGCUACCCUGGGCACUGGUGGUGGCUGUGCCUCAGGCUACAGCCUUUCUUGAGUUAGGCCUGGGUGAGCCCAUCUGCAAGGGCAGAGCCAGGAGGCCCUAGGUCAGGGGGAGGCAGCAUCAGACACUGUCUACUUAAAAUGCCGAUAUUUGUUCUUUGUGGACUAUUUUUGCACUCAUUCUGAUUCUUAGUAACAUGUCACUGAAACAGUAUUGUCCUGACUCUUGAAGUUUUAUGCCCUCCACGUCAUGCCUCUGACACGAGGGCCUCGCCUCCUUAGCCUGGCUCCAGCCUUGGGGACCAGCUAUCCUGGUACCUUCAUUUAGGAUAAUUUUGCUUUAUCUACAAUCAUUCCUGCGAUAUAGGUACUCUUGCCCUGUUAUAGAGAUGAGGCCACUGAGGCCAGAGAGGUGAGGUCACUUGCCUGAGGAUGCACAGCACAAAAGGAGCAGCAAUGAGCUUUGGCUCUCCAUCUCUGGCCUCACAAGUGUCCCUUCACUGUCACCACCUACAGAGCAGGGCAUGGGCUGAGACUCUUGCUUAACUUUGAAGGGUCCUGUUCAAAACUGGCUUUUGUUCAUUCUUAGACGAGGGUCCCUCAAACCAUAAGGAAUUCUGAGCUUUGAGCUUGGUAUCCCAGCAUCCUGUGAGACCCACUCCUGAGUCUUUCCCUGCAGGUGAAUGAGCCGGGCUCACGUGGCUCACUGUGGGUGAGGCUGUGUUCUCAGCCACCGCUGGUGCCCUGCGCUGGCCAGGAGAGCUGUGCCCCACAGGCCACAGGGCUUCAGGAAUCUUGCUUGGGUCAAGUGGUCCCUUGACAUUUACAAGGUCUCUCUUCUGUGCCCAGAUGCAUGUUGUGUUUGGGGCAGAGAAAAUACAUCUCCUGUGUGGUGUCUCAGCUCCACAGUUUCUGUGUGGACCAAGAACUAUUAAAAAAAAAAAAGAAAAAAGAAAAGAGAAAAAGAAAGAAACCUUUUCCUAGGACAUCUUCAGAAUGCGGCAUAUUUUUAUGUGGAGAAGAAAAGCUGUGGAGGCAGCUGUCUUAAAGAGAAAUUUCAUUGAAAGUCCUCAAGAUUUGAAAGAUGGCGGCCUGCUCCUCAAUCAUUUUGGCAUAACUUGAUUGUGGCUGUAAUUUUUUUUGUCAAGCAUGUCAGACAAUAAAGUCUUUGUAAAAAGAAA